AUGUUACCAAAAUCUUUAGUUCUAUGCGUUUUAGCAUAUUUACUUCACACUUGCAUUUCGCAAGACAUCGAACCCAAAGAAUUGCGCGAAAUUUUGAAAGACAUCGAGAUCACAAAUUCAAGCGAUUCUCGUGCUGCGUUGUCACAAAAACUUUGCGCCCUCGGCUUCUGUGAUCCAAAAAUCGCGGAAGAGCUUUCGGGCAAAGCCAAUCAAUACCAACGACAAUUCCAAGUGCAAAGUUCUCAAGAUUUAUCGGAUUAUUACGGCACAAAUAUCGACUAUUCCGAGUUCACGGGAGUCGAUCAACAAAAACAAUUCAUUCCGCAAGCAAUUCCAUCGGGCGUUGCUCAAACAGUACAUCAAGAAAGUGUUACUCCCCCGCCAUCUACCCACAUUCAUCAUCAUUUCCAUCACAAUGCGAAUGACGGUAAUAGCGGCAACGGCGGUAUCUCGAGUGGUUACAUAAAGGAUGAUGACAUCGACAUCCAAGCGAUUCGCAAUGCCAAAAAUUACGCAUUCAAUCAACAAAAAUUACCGCUCGGCGUGAAAAAAUACCCAAAUAACCCAAACACGUACAAUUUCGAACGUCCCCAGCCUCCGCAUAAUUUCCAACCACAACCCUCGUUCAAUCCAAACUUGAAUUACAACAAUCCGCAAAUCAAUAAAUCGCCUUACGGAGGUUUCCAAAAGAAAACUCAAUACAUUCCGAACAAUAUCCCGCCUCAGCAACUCCAAAGUUUGUCAUUGAACGAUUGUACGUGCGUUCAAUAUCAAUUCUGCGCGACGGAAGAUGUUGUCGUUGGGCGUCGUGAUGAUUUGGUUCUCCCAUUGGAUCCGAGAAACUUGAACAAAGACAUCGAAGCUGCCGACAAUGCCACGGAAACAGCAACAACGACCGAAACGCCUGAAAAACAUGAAAUUUCCAAACGUGAUGUCUCGGAAACGACAAAAGAUUUGCCCGAUACUGAAGGACGUCAAUUUGGCGGAAAUCCUUUCAUCAAGCGUCAAGGUCAACAAUGCCCUCCAAAUACAGUUUGUUGUCGUCGUCCAUACAAGCCAGCUCCAUUCCCAACACGCAUCGGACAACAAAAUGGUCAAUUCUCGUUGCCUCAAUGCGGAGUGAAAUCCUCGCAAGGCAUCAAUGGGCGUAUUAAGACACCAAUUUAUACAAACGGCAAUACGGAAUUCGGCGAAUAUCCAUGGCAGGCAGCAAUUUUGAAGAAAGAUGCACGUGAAUCGGUUUACGUUUGCGGAGGAACUCUCAUUGAUCAGAAGCAUAUUUUGACAGCAGCUCAUUGUGUCAGCCAACUUCAUCCCCAUGAAUUACGCAUCCGUUUGGGAGAAUGGGACGUAAACCACGAUGUCGAGUUCUAUCCAUUUGUUGAACGCGAUGCUGCCCAAAUCAUCAUUCAUCCCCAAUAUUACGCAGGAACGUUGGAAAAUGACAUUGCCAUCAUCAAAUUCGAUCGUCCAGUUGACAUGUCUCAAGCACCGCAUAUUGGAGUCCCAUGUUUGCCUGAUCCAAGAAACGAUUUCACGGGAAAACGUUGCUACACAACAGGAUGGGGCAAAGACGCCUUCGGCGAUGGCGGAAAAUAUCAAAAUAUCUUGAAGGAAGUUGAUGUUCCCGUCAUUAGCCCGGGACAAUGUCAAGCUCAACUCAGAAAUACUCGCUUGGGAUACAACUACAAUUUGAGUCCCGCAAUGUUGUGUGCAGGCGGCGAAGAAGGAAAAGAUGCUUGCAAAGGAGAUGGCGGCGGUCCUUUAGUUUGUGAACACAACAACGUUUGGUAUCUCGCUGGAAUUGUCAGUUGGGGCAUUGGAUGCGGACAUGCAAAUGUUCCCGGCGUUUAUGUCAAAGUCGCUCAUUUCAACCAAUGGAUUAAUCACGUAACGCAACGCUAA